CCUAAAGCGGGCCAUUCACUAGACGAACCCGUACCCGACUCCCAACCGAGACCCGGCCUGCGACUCAUCCACCGACGUCCACACAUACACCACGAACCUUGCAAAGAGUUCAUUCGUACAGUGGUUGUGGUGAGCCCUACAUACACACUAUGUCUCCCGCGUGUUCCAAGAAGUCAAAAGUUGCUUUGGCAGUUGGUGCAAUUUUGUUAUUCGAAAAUGAAAAACAGAAAAAACGGAUUUGGGUGAAAAAGUGGUUGCAAAAGAGAGAACAUUUUACGCAUUUACGUUUAUUGAAAUGUAUCCAAUCCUCUGAGCCUCUUGAUGUUAUAAAUUAUCUCCGAAUGGAUUAUAACACAUUUCAAGAAUUAUUAAUGUUAAUAGAACCUCUUAUAAAAAGGGAAAAUACUGUAUUCAGAGAAUCAGUUACUGCUGAAGCACGGUUAGUGGCAACUUUGAGAUUUCUGGCAACAGGGAGGAGUUACGAAGACUUAAAGUUUUCGUGUAUAAUUUCUCCUCAGUUACUUGGAAAAAUCAUUCCAGAAACGUGUCGUGCUAUAUACAUGUCCCUCCGGGAAAAAUACUUGCGGUUUCCCUCAACAGAAGAGGAAUGGCUUCAAAUAGCAGACCAGUUUAAGAAAAUGUGGCAAUUUGAAAAUUGCUUAGGAGCCGCAGACGGCAAACACAUAGCAAUAAAACAGCCGCCAGGUAGUGGAUCAUACUUUUAUAACUACAAAGGAUUCUUUAGCGUAUUAUUUGCAAUCAAUUAUUUGUUUACAAUGGCCGAUGAUGAAGCUUUGGCUACUGCUCUAGCGCAAAUUGCUCGUUUGCAGGCGCAAGUAGAUCAGCUCACGGUUGAGGCUGAUCAGCCUGCGGUUGAAGCAGCUCCUGCUGCAAUGCCGGGCAUAAAUUUUAAUGGUAAUGGUGAGGCUGUUGGUGCUAAUGGUGUGAACGUGCAGUCUUCAUUCCGCUUGGACCAUUAUAGAGUUCCCAAAUUACCUCCAUUCUCGCAAGUGGACCCUGCCCUUUGGUUUAUUCAGGCUGAAGUGUCCAUGAGAAAUGCCCAUGCAGUGAGAUGUAAUAAAAGAACCUCAAAUGCGUGUGAUGAUGAAAUAAUCAGUGAAAUAAAAAGAUGGCUGGUCAAGGCAAAGGAAAGAUUGCAAAACAAAAACAAGAGAAGUGAAAAUAUUGAUAUGUAA